AUGUAUCAACUUUCGCCUGAAUGGACCGGGCCCACUUCGACCGGACGUUUUUUUGCCCCUCUUUCUGUCUCCCCAUAUCUCUUUCUCUCCUCUUUGUGCGCGAGAAUAGAAACUGAUCUGGUGGAUUUGGAGUGGAGCAACAGGUGGAAGCUGUCAUCCGGCUGUACGGUACUUUGCAUCCCCUGCAUGUCCGUUAUCCAAUGUGGCUCGCUAUCACCCCCGGAGGAAAAGAAACUCGACACAUCGCAUCUUUCCCACAAACUGAUCCUUUUGGAAGGCCGGAAUGGUUCUGCUGAGAUGCCGACACAAAAACAAAAGCACCAACAAACGUCAUCGCCCGCUCGAGAGGAGAAAAGGGGAGAAGAGAAGCUGGAAGAAGGGAAACCUAGGUAUACCCUGUAUCCCUUGCUCGAAGGGAUGCCCUGUAGGGUAAUUGAAGCAAUUCAGACUUCAAUCACUCUGCGAAGAAGGAAGAGAGACCCCUUUCCAGGAGAGGAGGUGGCAGCAGGGGCCCGUUGUUGGUGA